AUGAGAUUGUCUACCCUUGCCGCUCUAAUGGCACUCUUCGGCCUUCCCGUCUUUGCUGCACCCACGAACAUCACUCGUCACAUAUGUGGUAGCCACUUAAGCUCUGCCAAACUCCAAUCACUUGCGGCAGAAUUACCCGGCCAUGAAGCGACUUGGAAGAGCCUUGUGGAAGAGGGAGGGGAGAAAUGCAGUCCAAAAAUUAUCAAUAUUCACUGGCAUGCUAUUCAGAUCGGGAAAACGGGUGCUUUGGGGCAUGUCACCGCAGCGACCAUCAAAGCACAGAUCCACAGAUUGAACCUUGACUAUGCAGCAUCCGGCUAUUCGUUCCGCCUUGCGGGUCCCGUGAAUCAUGUCACCAAGAAAGAGUGGUUUGACUUGGGUGAUAUUAGCGAAGCGCGCGCAAUCGCUAUGAAGAACGCCCUUCGAGUGGGUGGUAUUCACGACCUCAACGUGUACAGCGUGAGGAGCGUGACCGGCGACGGGGAGUCCCUCCUGGGGGUUGCAGCCUGGCCAUGGGAUUAUUCCUUCGAUCCUCAGCUCGAUGGUAUUGUCGUGAUCCUCGACUCACUGCCGGGAAGCAAGGCAUUCAAUGGGGCCUACUCUCUGGGUCGUACACUUGUUCAUGAAACUGGCCAUUGGCUCGGUCUUCUCCAUACGUUCCAGGGAGGUUGCACUGGAGUUGGCGACCUCGUGAAUGACACUCCGCCCGAGAGAACAGCUACGUUCGGUUGUCCCACAGGGAAGGAUACUUGCCUCGGGGGAGGUCCUGAUCCAAUCCACAACUUCAUGGAUUAUUCGGAUGAUAGUUGUACGACGCAAUUCACCGCCGGGCAGAUCCAGCGCGCAAGAAUGAUAACUCACAUUUUCCGCGGCAUUUGUUGA